GCGUUCCCUGCGUCACGUGACAGGCAAGACGGGGGUGUGUGUAUCCCCGUCGUGUGUCCCGGCGGAAGAGUGAAGGGAGUCGUCUGAACGGCAACAUCUUACAGCAAAGGGAAAAUAAGACGGCGCGAUUAGCGCUGGAGAACCGGAGACACGCCAGUCACCACGGAUUCAUCCGUAGCCAGCGCGGCGGCCGGGGCGCAGCCACCUUCGCUGCCUCCGCCGCCGCCGCCUCCAUUGAGGAUGUCGCGCAGAAAGAGAAAUGCAGGAAGCAGUUCAGAUGGAACAGAAGACUCAGAUUUCUCUACAGACCCAGAGCAUACAGACAGUUCAGAAAGCGAUGGUACAUUACGCCAGUCUGCCCGUGUGACACGAUCUUCUGCUAGGCUCAGCCAGAGUUCUCAAGAUUCCAGUCCAGUUCGCAAUCCACCAUCAUUUGCAGUAGAAGAGCCUGUUUAUUCUACUCGAAGAAUAACCCGCAGUCAGCAGCAGCCUACUCCUGUAACUCCAAAGAAAUAUCCUCUGCGACAAACGCGUUCGUCUGGUUCUGAAACAGAGCAAGUGGUUGAUUUUUCUGAUAGAGACACAAAAAAUGCAGCUGACCAUGAUGAGUCCCCACCCCGCACUCCAACUGGGAAUGCUCCUUCUUCAGAGUCUGAUAUUGAUAUCUCUAGUCCCAAUAUGUCACAUGAUGAAAGUAUUGCCAAGGAUAUGUCCAUGAAAGAUUCAGGGAGUGAUUUAUCCCAUCGUCCCAAAAGGCGACGUUUCCACGAAAGCUAUAAUUUUAACAUGAAAUGUCCCACCCCUGGCUGCAAUUCAUUAGGACACCUGACAGGAAAACAUGAGCGACAUUUUUCUAUAUCUGGAUGCCCUCUGUAUCAUAAUCUUUCAGCAGAUGAAUGCAAGGUGAGAGCUCAAAGCCGAGACAAACAAGUGGAAGACCGGAUGCUUUCUCAUCGACAAGAUGACAACAAUAGACAUGCUACCAGGCAUCAGGCACCAACUGAAAGACAAUUGAGAUAUAAGGAGAAAGUUGCAGAGAUGAGAAAGAAGAGGAAUGCAAGCUUAACUAAGGAGCAAAAGGAAAAAUACAUGGAGCAUAGACAAACCUAUGGCAACACGAGAGAGCCCCUUUUAGAGAAUCUGACCAGUGAGUAUGACCUAGAACUAUUCCGACGAGCGCAAGCAAGAGCUUCUGAAGAUCUAGAAAAACUGCGACUUCAGGGCCAAAUCACUGAAGGUAGUAACAUGAUCAAAACCAUUGCUUUUGGCCGCUAUGAACUGGACACGUGGUAUCAUUCUCCCUACCCAGAGGAGUAUGCCCGGCUUGGGCGACUUUAUAUGUGUGAAUUCUGCCUCAAGUAUAUGAAGAGUCAGACAAUACUUCGCAGACACAUGGCAAAAUGUGUCUGGAAGCAUCCUCCAGGGGAUGAAAUUUACCGCAAAGGUUCAAUCUCAGUAUUUGAAGUAGAUGGGAAAAAGAACAAGAUAUAUUGCCAAAAUUUGUGCCUCCUGGCAAAACUCUUCUUGGACCAUAAGACUUUGUAUUAUGAUGUCGAACCAUUUCUUUUCUAUGUCAUGACAGAAGCCGAUAACACAGGAUGCCACCUAAUAGGCUAUUUUUCCAAGGAGAAGAACUCAUUUCUCAACUAUAACGUUUCUUGCAUCCUGACAAUGCCUCAGUACAUGAGGCAGGGUUAUGGCAAAAUGCUUAUCGAUUUCAGCUAUUUACUCUCCAAAGUGGAAGAGAAAGUUGGUUCUCCAGAAAGGCCCCUCUCAGACUUGGGACUUAUCAGCUACCGUAGUUAUUGGAAGGAGGUUCUUCUCCGUUAUCUGCAUAAUUUCCAAGGCAAAGAAAUCUCCAUCAAAGAGAUCAGCCAAGAGACAGCUGUCAAUCCUGUUGACAUUGUUAGCACUCUGCAAGCCCUUCAGAUGCUCAAGUACUGGAAAGGCAAACACCUGGUCCUAAAAAGACAAGAUCUUAUUGAUGAAUGGAUAGCCAAAGAGGCCAAAAGGUGCAACAGCAAUAAAAUCAUGGAUCCCAGCUGUUUGAAAUGGACCCCUCCCAAAGGCACUUAAUUAAUCAGUCUCUCCAAGAAGUGCGAACAUCCCAUUCAUGUGCUGCCAUCAUCACCACUGUGGGUACUUUUUCUUUUCCCAGCACUAGAAACAUCCUUCCAGAUCUUGGACAUGUGAUUGCUCUUGGUUCCAUCUCUUCCCUUUCAGAUAUUUCUGCAGUGUUUUACUUUUUAUAGAACAUUUUUGACCAGACACCUUGUCUAUGAGGCAAGAUUGAAAAGAUGAGAGUUCUGGACAAUAUUAACAUGGCCUCAAGAAAGUACAGUAGGAUUUAGUUGCUCCUCCAUCAGUUACUUGCUCCUAGCACAAAAACUAGGGUUGCUUCUUACAUUUUUAGUUUUAUAACUUCUGUUUAGCCCUCUGAGAUAUAGUCCACCUGUACAAUAUAGUGGAAUUGCAAAUGUGAUGGAAAGAAUCAUAUUGCUUCAUUUUACCAAUGGGGGCAGAGAAACAUCCAUUUUAAAUUUUUCUGUUAAAAACAAAGCAAAGCUAGUGGGGUAAGGGACAGACAUUCUCAUUACUCCUAUUUCUAUACUAGCAUUCAUCCACAUGUUUAAUAGAUAAGGGAGCACUAAAAAAAACCCAGCAAUCCUGUGCCUGUGUUCUGAAAUGCUCCAAUCUAUCCUAUUUGCCCUACAUUUCCUUGCCAUUCUGCUGCAUGUGUAUAUACAGUCUAAAUGUAUGUCCGUGACACUUAUUUCCUAACCACAUGUUGACAAGGUACAAGUAAGAAAUGAUCCAGUGCUUCCUGGAAUCCUGAAUUGCUUCUGGAUGUGCAAAUUUCUCACAUUUAUUUGCAGAACCUAAAACUUCCUUGAUCUUGGCACCUGUGUAUUCCAACAUUGUCAUCAAAAUAUUUUUCCCACUUCAGUCCACCAAAAAAAAAGAAUUGAUGGGCAAGGAAGCUCCAAACUGUCGUUGGUUUCUGAGAAUAGUAAUGGUUUUAUAAUUUUGGAUACAGGGUAUCAGAAGCAAUGAAUUGCUCUGUGAAUUGGAUUUUGUAGCUGGGAUAGUCAGAUCCUCAAGGAGGAGAUAUCAGGCAGGAAAGAUGCCACAUGGUUUUGAUUGCAUGCCUAAAUGGAAAGUCAAGAUGCCAUCACUCACUAUAAUUUUGGACAAAUGACCCUAAUGGCAGUUUUUGAAUAGACUCUGACUGCCAAUAUAUUUCAAGAGUCAAUUAAAUUAACUUUGUAGGGAAAAAAUUGCAAGAUCAACAUUUGAGCCUUGGCAUAGCAUCAUCUCUCUAAUUUGGCAUGCCUCAUCAUUUUGGAUUAGCUACUUCAAGGCUCCUAUGCUUGAAGCCCAAGGAAUAUGCAUAGAAACACAUUUCAUCAGCUGGUGGGGGAACACUACUCUUUUUGCCAAAUUACUCUUUUGCACUACAUUGCUAUACACAUUUGGCAGUUUUGUGAUUUAUUAUUCAAUUUGUGAAGCUGCUGGAUAUACUAAUGCCAGGCCUCAGGGCAAUUCGCUGCAGCUGAAUGAAUGUAGUCUUCAUGAUGGCUUGUAUUUUUUUGGGCCUACAUUGUCAAUUUGCAGAUUUUCCCUGCCAAUGAGACUGCCUUAGUCUGAUAAUUUUCUUAUUCUUUUUUCAAGCAGUCUGUAAGGAGAUUGACAGCUUCAGCUAUGCUGCUCCAUAAAAGAAUGUUGAGAGUUGGCUCAGAAGCCACUGAGGGCAGGUGGGUAGUUAUGGGUACUUUUGAAAUAAUCUUUAUUGUUUUACAAAUGGAAAAUAAAGUCUAUUAUACAAGGUUACCGAAAGAUAAUUAUUUAUAAGUUAAAAUACAAAUAUUUUAAUUUGCCCAUUUCUAAAACCCCAAUCUUCCUAUAUUACAUAAGGAAAAAGAUGAAAACUCUGGCUAGUCUGCUACACUAUUAUCUACCGGUUUCAGUUAAGUAUAGGUAGCAAUGUAUGCAUAACGAAUUGCCCUACCAAUAGUCUUUAUAAGGCUUCUUUUUGCCUGUAUUAUUGGUGUGAAGUUAUAUCUCAGCUGCUGGACUGUGUCUCUGCCGUCUCUGUGCUGUAUUGGGUUGCUCUACUGGCUGAUCUUUUGGCUAUGGAUAUGCAUGAUAUUAUGCAGUAAUAUACCAGUAUUUGAGAUGGGAACCAUUUUCCAAAUGAGACACAGAGUAACCUGGCACAGGGAGUACACUUACAUGCAGCAGAUCAAAGUAACCGCAGUGGAAAUUAACGGAUGAUUGUGCUCAGCCAGCUUGAAGUAUGAACAUUUACAUCCUGGGUUUCAUCUUGAGAAUGCUUCCUGUACAGAGGCAGUGAUUUGUUUUUCUUCCUGGUAUGGUUGCAAAGAGACAGUAUGUUUUGUUUGUUUGGGGGCUGCAGAAAAAUGGGCUUGUGUGUUCUGCACUCUAAUUGCAGUUUCCACAAAAGGAGGAGUGUGGCUUUUAAUGGUAAGGUUAGGUGACAUAUAUGAAAAAUCCUGAGGAUAUCCAUACAGAUAUCCAUACAGAUAUGCCUUUCACUCCUGCCUAGCAUGCAAUUUUCAAUAGUAGCAUGACAUACAAUCUGUUUUCAGCUGAAUAUUUCUUUAAAAAUUGUCCUUUUGUCUCCCAUCUUGAGAAAAACAAAUAGACUUCUUCAAUCUCCACCAAGGAUUUUUAGAUAAGAAUUCCUUACCUGUUGGUUCUUGUGUUUGGUUCUGCCUUUUUAUUGCCAUCCUUAGUCUGCAGGAUUUCUAUUUCUGAACAUUGUCUGGCAAUUGUUUUCAGCUUCUAGAUUAUUGCAAAAAAUGGGGUAAUGCUCUUUUUUGUGACAAAGGGAGGCUGGUUGUUCUUGUACAGAAGCAAAACUGUUUUCCUGGAUAUUUUAGAAUAUGCUAUCAGUGUAUCAACUUCUCAAUAAAGCAUGUUCUCUGCUCUCA